AUGCUUGAGGAGGUGGCCUGGAACGGCGGUCCAGACAUGAGAUCCUUUGAUGACAAAGUCCAGGAUGCGCGGCUUCCCGAGCGCCGCGGCGCAGGCCUCGUUCCAAAAUUGCAGUUGAAGCUCUGCAGGCAGACGGGCGAACAACGGGAAAUGAUGCACGCUGGUCUCGUUCUCCUCCAACUCUGUUUUGGCGCCCGCGCUACGCCUACCCCGCUCGCUAGCGUGCCCGUGCGGCCAGGAACGCCAGGGUCGCCCCAGUCCGUCCAGGCGGGGGUCCUUCGGAAGGAGUGAGAGCAGUCCUUGAGACACGUACUUGUUGCAGAGUCGCCGGUUUAAAGGGCGCGCGUGAGAUUUGCGACAUAGGCACACAUGCUGUCGACUUCCUGUUGACAUCUCUGCUGCGUCAUGCAUAAUUCUUGGCCACGUGGUAGCGUGCCCGGUUCGGGCAGGUCUGUUGGGGCCGCAGGGGUUUGCCCCCGCCGUCGCAAUCCUUAAUCUCAG